AAUUUAACAAAAUAUAAAAAUAUAAAAACCUAAAGACCCUGCCCCCAAAAGGGCGAAAAGUGCAUGCAGCGAAAGCCCUACAACAUUAAAAUAAUACUUUUAUUAUAAAAGGUGACUCUCACUAACUCUGUGUCACUGUGUGUGUGGGACACUAAAAUAAUUGCACACAGUCAUUCAAACUCAAAAACUCCUCUUAACACAAUAAUACAUCACAUUUGCAUCUCCCCCAUUCCCUUCCUCCAUUCCAAUCACAAACACAAACAAAAACAAUUAAACAUAUGCAAGAAGCAAACCAAUCCAUGGUGUCCGACACUACUCAUAAAUCAGUCAGAGCCUGCGACAACUGUGUCAGAAAACGCGCCCGCUGGUACUGCGCCGCAGACGACGCAUUCUUGUGCGACGCCUGCGACUCCUCCGUCCACUCGGCAAACCCCCUCGCGCGCAGACACGAGAGGGUUCGCCUCAAGACUACCUCAUCGUCACCGUCCAAGGAAAAUAACGAGAUUUCAUUCUCCUUGGACGAGGAUGAUUCGAGGGCGGGCACCGUGCACCCGCCCUCGUGGCACAAGGGUUUCACGAGAAAAGCUCGAACCCCGCGGCGCCAGAAGAAAAGCAGCAGCAGCAACAACAACAACAACAACAUCAGCAAAAGCGGCGGGAAAGUCGCGAGCGAUAUUAUGAUUCCGCUGCAUCUGGUGCCGGAGGAGGAGAUCUGCAGCGAGGAGGAGAGCGAGGAGCAGCUGCUUUAUCGGGUGCCGGUGAUGGAUGUGUUUAGGCGAGAAAUGAGUGAUUUUGAAAGGAUUAAUCUUCUACCGUCGGAAUCGGAGUUCGCGGCGGAUGUGGAGAGCUUGCUGGGGAAGGGGCUCGAGGAUGAGGCCUUUGAUAUCGAGGGAUUGGGGAUUUUCGAUGACGUGGAAGUGAGGAUUAAAGCUGAAGAAGAUGAAGAGAUUGGGGCGGCGGCGGAGGCGGAGGCGGAGGAGGGGAAUCAUCAUCAUCACCAUCAUCAUCUUCUUCAGAUUGAAUUGGGAAGAGAGACUUUCGAGCUGAAUUUCGACUACGCGUCUCCGUUCACAUGUGAUGAAGAAGACAAUAAAAUGAAAAUCAUUGGAGACAAGGACGAUUCGAGUAAGGCGGAGGCGGCGGCCGCCUUGUUGAAGCUGGACUACGACCGCGUCAUGUCCGCUUGGGACCACAAAAAGUCGCCGUGGAUGAGCGGAGAGAGGCCGGAGUUCACCUCCGGCGACUGGUGGCCUCAUCAUUGCUGCUCGGGUACAAGUGGGGCAAUGCAUGCAUACGGGGAGGCGGCGAUGAGGGCGGCGGUGGGCGACGGAGGGAGAGAAGCGAGGGUGUCGAGAUAUAGGGAGAAGCGGCGGACGAGGUUGUUUUCGAAGAAGAUAAGGUACGAGGUUAGGAAACUGAAUGCGGAGAAGCGGCCGAGGAUGAAAGGGAGAUUCGUUAAGAGAGCAAGUUUCGCGGCUUCUGCUUUCCCUUUGCUUAAUAAAUAGGUACUUCACUCUCACUCCUAGCUAACUACUACUUGCGAAGCUGCAAUCUUACAGUUUGCAGCCAUUUCAUGUAAAUACCCAAUAAAACUAGCUAGCUAUGUAUAUAUAUAUAUGUAACUAUGUGUAAUAACCAUGUGUAAAUUUUCUUGGAUAUUUCUUGCAUGCAAUUUAAAUAAUUGCUUCGUAUAA